GAGAGGGAGGGAGGGAGAGGCAGGAGGAGAGGGAGAGAGAACCCGAGAUCUUGAAAGGCCCUUUUUUAGUCGAAAGCCGAAAGUGAUAUUUUCGGGACUCUCGAUACAAAGCACGAGAGAGAAACAAGACACCAUAAUCACUGAUAGCAACAACACAAACACACAGAAGAGAGAGAGAGAGAGAGAGAGAGAGAGAGCUCUGUCUCCAUCGUUUUUGCUUCGUCUGAUCCCAUGACCGAUCCUCUUCUAUAACUUUAUACUAUUUCCUUUCGAAAAUCGCUCUCUUCUUCUUCUCAUCCCAAUCAUAUACCCUUUUGUCUUCUCUGUCAACUUCUUUACAUAAAUCCCAACAUACCCUCCUUUUUCCUCCACCACCAUUGCCGUUUCUCCCCUUUUCUAGAUUGAGACAGAGAAGCAUAAAGUAGAUAAGAAGAAAAAGAACUUCUGGGUAUUUUCGAGAAAUGGGAACUGGUUGGAGAAGAGCUUUUUGCACGACGGCCCCGAGAGAUCGAGAAACCGCCAUUUCAGAAAAUCAGUCCAAAAGCCGAAGUCAAAGCCCGAGCGCGAGCCCGAGCCCCGGAAGCUGCGCCAAAAUGGGGUUUCUGAUGAGCAACUCAUCGACUCCAAGCUUGCGUUGCAGGACCACGAUAGCGGAAGCAGUUCUGAAAUCCUCUGGCUCGGACGACCUCGACAGCCCUAAGCUCGAACGCAAAGCCAACACUCCUAAAUCUGCGAAAUCCACCUCGAAAAGCCCGAAACCGCUUCUGGGUUCCAACCCAUCUUCUCCGAGAUCUCCCUUCUCAAUCCUCAAGAACAGUCUGCGCUUCUCCAGAAAUAGCUGUGGAGUGUGUUUACAGAGUGUGAAGACAGGGCAAGGAAUGGCCAUAUACACAGCCGAAUGCUCGCAUUCUUUCCACUUCCCCUGCAUAGCCGCCCACGUUAGCAAGAACGCCUCCCUCGUCUGCCCUGUCUGCUGCGCCCACUGGAGAGACGUUCCGCUCCUCGCUGUCCACAAGAUCCAACCCCAUUCCCAAUCCCAACAAGCCAAACAAGACCUAGUAAUCCAAACCCAAAACACAAAACCAGAGCCAACGAAGCAGCAACCGCCAUCUCCAACUGUAGACCUCAGGCAGCGUAAUGACAAGUUCAACGGAAGGGCUUACAACGACGACGAGCCGCUGCUGUCGCCGGCGACAGGCGGAGGAGGGGGAGGGUUCGUCCCGAUACCGGAGGCGGAGGACGAGGAGGAUGACGAGGUGGAGGAGUUUCAGGGGUUCUUCGUGAACCCGGUUCAUUCGUCCAGCGAUGAGGUCGCAAUCCGCGGCGGGGAUUCGAGGACGGUGGAGGUUUCGUUGAUGCCGGAGGCCGCGGUGGUUUCCGUGGGGCGGAGUUACGAGGCCUACGCGGUGGUUUUGAAAGUGAAAGCUCCGCCGCCGUUGCCGCAGCGGGUGAAAGCGCAGAAUAGCAACUCGGCGCAUUUUCUCGACGCGGUGCGCCGUGCGCCGAUUGAUUUGGUCACGGUUCUUGAUGUCAGCGCGAGUAUGUGCGGAGCCAAGCUGCAGAUGAUGAAGCGAGCCAUGAGGUUGGUGAUAUCGUCUCUCGGCUCAGCUGAUCGGCUGUCGAUUAUUUCCUUCUCGGCAUGCCCUAAACGGCUUAUGCCGUUGAGGAAAAUGACGGCUCAGGGCCAGCGCACGGCUCGGCGGAUAAUCGAUCGGCUUGGAUGCCGCCAAGGGACUAGCGUCGCCGAUGCGCUGAGGAAAGCCGCCAAGGUUCUCGAAGACCGCCGCGAGAGAAACCCGGUUGCCACCAUCAUGUUGCUAUCGGAUGGUCAGGACGAGAAGGUUCAAUCUAAUAGUUCAACUCAACGGCGUGGAUCAGCCCACGUGUCAUCGACGCGUUUUGCUCAUGUCGAAAUUCCAGUACACUCGUCCGGCUUCGGAGCUAAAGCGUCGGCUGGCUGUAAUCGUGAGCCAGCCGAGGACGCCUUUACUAAAUGCGUCGGCGGGUUACUGAGCGUGGUGGUUCAAGAUCUCCGUAUCGAGCUUGGCUUCGCUUCAGGCUCCGACCCAGCGGAGAUCGCGGCCGUUUAUUCUUGUAACGGGAAACCUGCGGCUCUCGGCUCGAAAUCAAUUCGGCUUGGCGACCUCUACGCCGAAGAAGAGAGGGAAUUACUCGUGGAGUUGAGAGUCCCCGCACCUGUCGUUGGGUCCCACCACGUGCUUUCGGUUCGUUGCAGUUAUAGGGACCCGGCGACUCAAGAAAUGAUCAACGGUAGAGAACAGGCUCUGUUGGUCCCACGCGCUGAGUCCGUUCGAUCCUCGGCGCCAACCAUCGAACGGCUGAGGAAUCUUUUCAUUACUACGCGAGCAAUUGCCGAGUCUCGGCGAUUAAUUGAAAACAACGACUUGACCCGGGCUCAUCAGCUGCUGGCUUCGGCUCGCGCCUUGGUAGUGCAGUCGAGCUCGGUAUCGGAGUGCGUUGCUGGAUUGGAGGCUGAGCUGGCGGAGGUGCAGUGGUGGCGGCAGUAUCAGGUGCAGUUGGAGAACCAGGCGGUCCAGCGGCGGAAGGAGGCGGUGGUGAUGAUGGAUGAGAAUGGGGAGCCGUUAACGCCGACCUCAGCCUGGAGAGCGGCUGAGCAGCUGGCUAAGGUGGCGAUUAUGAAAAAAUCGUUGAAUAGAGUCAGCGAUUUGCACGGCUUUGAAAAUGCUAGAUUUUAAAUAAAGUAAAUAAUUUGGAAAUGUUUGAUGUUUUUACUAUUUGGAAAUUAGUGUUGGGUGGAUGUAGACAAAAACAAAAUGGGGUACCCGACGGUUCAGUCCUUUAUGCAGAGAUACACGGAAUGGAGUGAGCAGGGGCCUGGACUAUCUUUGAUCAGCCUUUUCAUUUCAGUAGGUAGGAGAGAGAGAAGGGACCUGCCCUAUCUUUGAUCAACCUUUCAUUUCAGUAGGUAGGAGAGAGAGAGAGAGAGAGAGAGAGAGAGAGGUGUCCAUUUUUAUUUUUAUCAGAGUGUUUUAACUUUAAGUUAUGAAAGUAAGCUUGUAAAUGCAACUUUAAAAAUGGAGUUCAAUUUUAGAUU